AUGUGGACGAAGAAGGUUGCGACGUCGGUGGUCCUGGUCAUGCUGCUCCUGAUCAUCGCACAGGAAGUGACGGUGCCGGGGGUGGAGGCGAAGAGGAAGACGUGUCGGCAGAAGAGCAAGAGGUUCAAGAACCCUUGCUAUACCAACAGCAAGUGCGCGCAGGUGUGCCAUGGCGAGGGCUGGAGUGGAGGCAACUGCGACGGGGCCUUACACGAGUGCACGUGCAUCAAGAACUGCUAG